UGUAGGGAGAAGAGCCUAGGCUAUGGCUCAAGGAAGUGCUGGACUCAAGGCUGGGGACCUGCCUGGGUAACAAGGACAGUUCUGGGGCUGCUUCCAGGUGCCCAAGGACCUCCUGAGGACCACGGGCACUUUAAAUAACAGCCAGCUCCGACAGCCUCUGCAACCAGCCUUGAUGGUGCAGAAACAUCUUCCCCGUGUCAUCAGAUCCAGGCACACAGACACACCCCACAGAGAAGGCAGCCAUGUGGAGAAGCCUUUGCCAGCCCCACCAUUGCUUCCUUCGUGUGUCAAGUCAGCGCGUGAGCAAUGAAAAUCUCUGGGCUCGCCUCCUUCCCAGAAGUGCCCAUCAAAGCCCAGGCAGCUAUUCACCCAAAGUACCAAUUUUAUAGUGCCGUGUGUGUCUAUAAUCUAUUUACCAGCAUUCCUACUUCAGUAUGUGCCUGUUAAUAAGAUUAGUAAUUAAAAAGCUUGAUAGGAAUUGGCAAGCAUGCCUCCGCCUUGCCCUCCCCUCACAGCCGGGCUGGCGUGGAGGCGGUGCGGGGUUGGCAGAGCACCUGUGGGCCGGCAGUGGCAACAGGACGGCUGCCCACCUGCAGGACAUGGAGAAGGCUCGGCCACUGUGGGACAACCCUUUGCAGUUUGUUUUCGCCUGCAUCUCUUAUGCCGUGGGGCUGGGGAAUGUCUGGAGGUUCCCAUAUUUGUGUCAGAUGUAUGGAGGAGGUGGCUUUUUGAUCCCAUACAUCAUCAUGCUGAUCGUGGAGGGGAUGCCACUGCUCUACCUGGAGCUGGCAGUGGGGCAGCGCAUGCGCAAGGGGAGCAUCGGAGCCUGGAAAAUAAUAAGCCCCUACCUCUGCGGGGUUGGCGUUGCUAGUGUGGUCGUCUCCUUCUUUCUCUCCAUGUACUACAAUGUGAUCAAUGCCUGGGCCUUCUGGUACCUCUUCCACUCCUUCCAGGACCCACUGCCAUGGGCCGUCUGCCCCCUGAACAGCAACCGCACAGGUUACGAGGAAGAAUGUGAGAAGACGUCUUCCACCCAGUACUUCUGGUACCGACAGACCCUGAACAUCUCCCCCUCACUGGAGACCAGUGGGGCCGUGCAGUGGGAGCAGGCGCUGUGCCUGACACUGGCCUGGCUGGUGGUCUACCUCUGCAUCCUCCGUGGCACCGCGUCCACAGGCAAGGUUGUCUAUGUCACAGCCUCCUUGCCAUACUGUGUUCUCCUCAUAUACCUCAUCAGAGGACUGACACUCCAUGGAGCUGUCAAUGGGUUGAUAUACAUGUUUACUCCAAAGCUGGAGCAGCUGUCGAACCCCAAAACGUGGAUCAGCGCCGCCACACAGAUCUUCUUCUCACUGGGUCUCGGCUUUGGCAGCCUCAUUGCCUAUGCCAGCUACAAUGAUCCAAGCAACAACUGUGAGCGGCAUGCCAUCAUCGUCUCCCUCAUCAACAGCACCACGUCCAUAUUUGCCAGCAUCGUGACUUUCUCCAUCUACGGCUUCAAGGCAACGUUUAACUACGAAAGCUGCAUAAACAAGGUGAUCCUGCUGCUGAUGAAUACUUUUGAUCUGGAGGAAGGCUCCUUGACAGCAGACAACCUCAGUGAGAUGAAGGACUACCUCAUGGCUGCCCACCCACAGGAGUAUGCCCAGUUGUCACCCCACCUGAAAAACUGCAGCUUAGAAGCUGAGUUAGACACGGCUGUCCAAGGAACCGGGCUGGCAUUCAUUGUCUACUCAGAAGCCAUCAAAAACAUGGAGGUGUCCCAGCUGUACUCUGUGCUCUACUUUGCCAUGCUCCUAAUGCUGGGCAUUGGCAGCAUGCUGGGCAACACCGCCGCCAUCCUUACACCCCUGACUGACAGCAAGGCCAUCACCUCGCGCUUCUCUAAGGAGGUGAUCUCUGGUUUUGUGUGUUUCAUUAACUGCAUCAUCGGCCUCAUAUUCACCAUGGAGGCUGGGAACUACUGGUUUGACAUAUUCAAUGACUACGCAGCCACCCUUUCGCUGCUGCUCAUUGUGCUGGUAGAAACCAUUGCUGUGUGCUACAUCUACGGGCUAAGAAGGUUUGAGAAGGACCUUUACACGAUGAUCGGACGCAAGCUAAACUGGUACUGGAAGGCAAUGUGGGCUUUUGCUAGCCCUCUGCUCAUUAUAAGCCUGUUUAUAUUUUACCUCACCGACUAUAUCCUCACAGGAACCCUUCAGUACCAAGCAUGGGACGGCACACAGGGGCAGCUGGUGACAAGAGACUACCCCAGCUACGCCCUGGCAGUGAUAGGGCUGCUGGUGGCCUCAUCCACCAUGUGCAUCCCCCUGGGGGCACUCCUGACUUUCGUAAGGAAGAGACUGAAGAGGGAAAGAGUCUCCACUGUUGCGUGAACACAGAGAACUGGAUUGGAAAAGACCUUACCCGCACCACCAGUGAUCGGGCACUUCUGGAUGCCAGCAGCAACCAUUACUUGUAGCAGCUACUUAGAGACAGGAGAAUCUUGGGUGCUAUAUUUACCAAAAAGUGCUCUCGGGAGUUCCCUCAAUGGUACAGAAAACUCUCCUGAAACAAGAUGAAGCUUUAAUAUGGUCUUUGUAAGAAGGGGAGAAGCAGAACAGCAGCUCGCCAGUGCUCUAGGUAGCAUGAAUUAACCAAUGCCAUCUAUUAGGCAAUUCCCCACUCUGCUGUAGCACUGCCUAUCUGGAAAGAGGAGCAUCCAAGCAGGCAUGUUCCUGCACUGAAGUACAAGCAAAUAUCCCUGCCAUUCCAGAAAGCCAACGCUUAACCGCGUGCAUUAUAUGUCCAGCAAUGCAGUUUAUAUCCAAGCUGCAGAAGUUCUUGUUGCCAGAAGCAGCAAACUUCCAAUUGCAGCACACAGUUCUGCCCUGCGCUGUACUUUUUGCUAGGGAUGCACUAAACAAACAUUACAAAUGCCUGCAAUUAAUAAGCUGCCUUAUAAGCCAACCAACACCCAUAUGCCAUACAACUAGCUCUGACAAAGUUCAUAUCCAAGUGUGCUUUAAUUUUAAUCAUGAGAUGCAACAGUCCAGCAGUUCCACAGAACUGUUUCAUUUGCCUGUGUUAAUGUUCUGUAGAAGUACCGUGCUUAAAUUUUAAGGGUCGUGUAGCAGAAAACAGUAAAAUCUCAUCUAUGAACUUGUAAAGAGGUCAGUGAAGAACACAAGAGAAAUGCUCACGGGACACAGGUUUUAAAUGCAGCAUCUUAUUUAACCAUUAGAAGAUGGUAGUGCCUUAGAAAAAGAGGGAUUUCAUUUCAAACAUUCUCAAAGCACAUCAACGCAAGUUUAUCUCCUGCAAAGAGCAGGAGCUCAUUUCACAGCCCU